ACCUCUCGAGCUCCGGCCAAUCAGCUUCCAGGGCAGAGGGUUUAACUCUUAUUUAAAAUGAAGACUUUGAAUCUUAACGGCUGAGCGCUCCGGAGGACUCGGCGGCUUGGGUCGGAGGCUGGAGCCGGCGGGCAUUAUGGACAAAUCUAAAGAAAACUGCAUUGCAGGGCCUGUUAAGACUGCAAUUGCACUUGGUGAUGGUCCAAAACGUGUUCUGGUGACUCAGCAAGUUCCUUCACAGAAUCCAUUAUCUGCAAAUAGUGGCCAGGCCCAGCGGGUCUUGUGUCCUUCAAAUUCUUCCCAGCGAGUUCCUCCACAAACCCAAAAGCUCGUCUCCAGCCAUAAACCGGCUCAGAAUCUGAAGCAGAAGCAAUUGCAGGCAACUGGUGUCCCUCGUCCUGCCUCUAGGUCACUGAAUAAUACCCAAAAGAGUGAGCAACCCUCGUCAUCAGCCCCUGGAAAUAAUUCUGAAAAGGAACUGGCAUCAAAACAGAAAAAUGAAGAAUCAAAAAAAAGGCAAUGGGCUUUGGAAGAUUUUGAAAUUGGUCGCCCACUGGGUAAAGGAAAGUUUGGUAAUGUUUACUUGGCAAGGGAAAAACAAAGCAAGUUUAUCCUGGCUAUUAAAGUAUUAUUUAAAGCUCAACUAGAGAAAGCAGGAGUUGAACAUCAGCUGAGAAGAGAAGUAGAAAUACAGUCCCACCUUAGGCAUCCAAAUAUUCUUAGGCUGUAUGGUUAUUUCCAUGAUGCCACCAGAGUUUACCUAAUUCUAGAAUAUGCACCUCUUGGAGCUGUCUACAGAGAACUUCAGAAACUGUCAAAGUUUGAUGAGCAGAGAACUGCUACUUAUAUCACAGAGUUGGCAGAUGCCCUGUCUUACUGUCACUCAAAGAGAGUCAUUCACAGAGACAUUAAGCCAGAGAACCUACUCCUUGGAUCAGCUGGAGAGCUUAAGAUUGCAGAUUUUGGGUGGUCAGUACAUGCUCCAUCCUCCAGGAGAACCACCCUGUGUGGCACCCUGGAUUACUUGCCCCCAGAGAUGAUUGAAGGCCGAAUGCAUGAUGAGAAGGUGGAUCUCUGGAGCCUUGGGGUUCUUUGCUAUGAAUUUCUAGUUGGGAAGCCUCCUUUUGAGGCAAGCACAUACCAAGAGACCUACAAAAGAAUAUCACGGGUUGAAUUCACAUUCCCUGACUUCGUGCCGGAGGGAGCCAGGGAUCUCAUUUUAAGACUGUUGAAACAUAAUCCCAGCCAAAGGCCAACUCUCAAGGAUGUACUUGAACACCCGUGGAUCAUGGCUAACUCAUCAAAACCAUCAAGUAGCCAAAAAAGCAAAGACUCAACUAGCAAACAGUCUUAAGGAUUGUGCAGGGGGAGAAAUCUGAGAGGCAGGGCUGCUGAUACUGCUGAUGGCCUGCCCGUGACCGAGGGCGCUGCAGACAAAGGCCUACUGCGCAGGUGGCACCUCGGCCCCCCACUCGAGUCUACUUAAGUGCACGGUAUGCUCUGGAGUGAAAGUAGCCACAGGAAUUGUGGCAGUGUCACUAGUUUCACAAUUUGGAGGUGAGGUUCACCUGGACCUCCCCACAGCCUGUUUCGAGUCAGGCCUCCUUGUGGAGGACCCACUCCGGGUCCUACUGCAGGGAGAGUGGCCACCUCGCCGUGACUCCAUCAGUGAAAGAGGUGUGCAAUAACCUUCCAAGUACCUACGUGUGUGUGUAACUUAUUGGGUGGCCAAAUCUGGUAAAGCUGUCAGGAUGAACAUGUGAUUCUUUCUUUUAAAUGUUAAAAUAAAGAUUUUUAUAAAGACUUCUAUCUUUACUUUCAUGGCGUAUCCCUUUAGGACUGCAUUCGGUAUCCUGGUGAGCUAAUCCUCCUGGUCCCCUCUGAGACUGCUCAAGGUAGGAACACAUGCUC